AUGGAACGACGCUUUAUUUCUCCAUUCCGUACACCCUAUACCGACGAUGACGACUCAUUGAGUAGCCGCAUGUCUGACUACGAUGUUGGGGAUAUGACAAUUCGGGGAGACGUACUACGGCGUCGUCGAUCGUCUUCUGUUUCCUUGACAGCUUCACCUUGUUCCCAGAAAAUGAGUAUCGAUUCCGAUGACAACCGCUCUGUUUCUUCUUCAAGUCGACAAGGUCAUCAGCAUACCUUUCCACCACCCCGCCGUUUGACACGAUCCUUAUCCUCCGAAUACAUCCCAACCUCUUCCUCUUCCUCUUCUUCUUUACAACAACAACAUGCAGAUGAAAUGAUCAUGGCAGAUGAUACAAGAAUGCAUCAUGGCAAAUUCAUUGCACCAGCUCCUUUACGGCCAUCAUCAUCCAUGCGACGACGUUCUUUAUCAUCCUCGUCCUCUUCUCAUGAACAACAACAACAACGACAUCCAAGAUCCACAAGUCAGGGCGAUUCAAGUAGUCCAAAACGAUCCAAUGAUCCAGAGCGUAGAAGUGUUUCUCGAAGGAGCUCAUUGUUUCCCAAAUCAAAAGCAUUGGCAAGAGUCAUGAAUCAAGCAGAUGAAGAAACCCAUUUGGCCGAUAUGGAGAUGCGUAGAGAACGUGACAUGACACAACAAAUGCGAGUUUGUCAAGGCAAAGGAGAUAUGGCAUCAUCAUCAUCAUCAUCAUCCACUGUACCUGCUGCAGCAUGGGCACGUAUUAGAGAAAAUGAAUGUUCUCCUGUCAUGGCACCGUAUCAUGCAUCCAAACUUAAUCCCGAGAUGGAAAUGACGACAUUUCAAUUUGAAAACUUGCCAUCACCUAUUUAUCCAGCGGGUCAUAGGAGCGUUAAACGAAAAGCUUCGGAAGACCGAUUUGAACCUUAUCCUGCAAGCACGCUGAAACGUAGGGCAGUGUCACCUUCGGUCUCUGCAUCAGGAUCACCUGUAUUAUCCACCAUAUCCAGUCCACCUUGUUCAAUCUAUGGAAGUAGCCCAUCAAGUAAUGCUGCUGCUCGUGCACAACAAAAACCAGGUCAAAUUUCAUCAUCCUUCAAUUUACAAGAUGCCAGCGGUGGUAUCAGUCGGAUGUCACUAAGCGAAUAA